AAUAGCUGUUCGCUCAAUCCGUCACUUGCCAGUUGUGUUUUCGACGGUGUUACUUCAUUGUUCUGUACAGCAUUUGUAAUCACAAGGUGUUACUAUUGAACAAAAGCAAAAAAUAAAUCAAACUAAUUCAGAAAUUUUCUCUGUAAAAAUCUAAACACAAUGCCUGCAGCACCUAGCUCAACCUCAGUUGGAGCCGGAGGAAGAUCUCCCAGCAAAGUUGUAGCACCAAGAGCAAGCGGCGGUGGUGGUACGGUGCGUCAAAGGAAAACGGCACCAGCUACAUCAGCCAGAAAUCGUAACACAGGCACAAGUUCAGGAGGAAUGUGGAGGUUUUACACAGAUGAUUCCCCUGGCAUCAAAGUUGGUCCCGUACCUGUCCUGGUGAUGUCUCUGUUAUUCAUCGCAUCUGUCUUCAUGCUCCACAUCUGGGGAAAAUAUACUCGUUCUUAAAUAUCAAAAAAUUACAUAUCCUUAUUAAAAAUAAAACUGAAGAGGAGAUGGGGGAAAGAAGUGUCGCAGUCUAAGAUUAUGUGCGAGUCUUUCUAAAACUGCAAACAUGAGAUGGCGGGCUGGCAAUAUUUUCACAUAACAAAAAGUGACGUUCAGACGUUCCGCAUUUGUACACAGCCUCAUAACUCCAUUCCAAUGAAUUCAAAGGAAUUUCAACUUCCUUCAACUUAAAUGUAGUAUAAUAUAAAUUGUAUGAAUUAAUAAAUUAUUCAUAGAAAAUUAAAUAAUAACAACCAGCACCAGAAACCGAAAGCUAAUUUAUGAUGAACUGAUAUUGUUAUAGUUUGUUGGAUGCUCUGAAAACUUCACUCUAAAAUUUAAACGUCGAUUGAUAAUAAUGAAAUUUAUUUUAUAUGUAAAAUGAAAAUAGAAAGGUAAUAAAUAUUAGAUAUUAUAAUUGA